GUCACGGGAGCGUUUCCUCCGCCCCCUCCUUCGGCUACCAGCGCGGAGCCCGCGGGCUUGCGGUAGGGUGCGCGCCGCCUGCUGCCCAGCCUAGCCCGUGGGGCGUGUGCGCGCGCCCAAGACGUUCCCACCUGCGCCCAGGCGCGCUCUGUCGGGAGUAUCCCCAGGCCUCUGGCCACCCCCACUGUCCCGGCUUCCAACUCCAUUACCCCUCCCCCAAGUCUCCUCCCUCCUCUCCGGUGACUGUGAGCCGGGCGACGGGGCCGGAGUCGUCGCAGCCACCUCAUUGCACAACCCGGCUUCCCAACUGUUUACACAGCCCGGCCUGUGAGUGUGUGUGUGUGUGUGUGUGAGUAUACAGCGUGAGUCACCGGGAGGCGGAGGAGGUGGAGGAAAAGGAGAAGGAGUGCACUGGCCAGGAUCAGUGCAGCGCACACACUCAUAUUCAGUCACUCUCUCUGAGCGCGUCUCGCUCGCUCACACGCCCGGAGCCCAGAAGCGCGCAGGAUCCCGAGCGGCGCGGAAAAGUUAUGCCGGCUUUUACUCAAGACUAAUUGCUUUGGGAAGUGCGUUUGCUCUGGGAAGCCGCCGUGCCUGCGGAAUCCUGUUCUCAAGGCUCAGCACCCGGGAACUCGGGCUGCCUCCACGUCCCGGACUAUCCACAGUCUCGGCAACAAUAGCGGCCCCCGCCGCCAGCGAGGCGCCCAGACCUGGUGCUUGCUGGGGUCUGGAGACCCCACGCAGCUUCCCACUCUUGGACGCGUGGCCAGCGUGGUCCUCGUGUGCAACGCCAGCUUACAGGAACGGCUCUCGUUUUGCUCCUCUUGGGGGCCGACCCAAGCUCCAUCUGCAAACUCCAUCCCGAGGGCUGGAAGAAGUCGCAGCGCGGAUCCGGGGAUUUACAAAGCCGGGGCCGCUCCGGCCAGGGCCGCGAUGCGGGUCGGUCCCGUGCGCUUUGCACUCAGCGGCGCCUCGCAGCCCCGGGGUCCGGCUCUACUAUUCCCCGCUGCCCGGGCUACCCCGGCCAAACGGCUGCUGGACGCGGACGACGCGGCGGCCGUGGCGGCCAAGUGUCCGCGCCUUUCUGAGUGCUCGAGCCCCCCAGACUACCUCAGUCCCCCGGGCUCGCCCUGCAGUCCGCAGCCUCCGCCCUCCGCGCAGGGGACCGGCGGCAGCUGUGCGAGCGCACCCGGGCCCAGCCGCAUUGCCGACUACCUGCUGCUGCCCCUAGCUGAGCGCGAGCAUGUGUCCCGGGCGCUGUGCAUCCACACCGGCCGCGAGUUGCGCUGCAAGGUGUUUCCAAUUAAACACUACCAGGAGAAAAUCAGGCCCUACAUCCAGCUGCCAUCGCACCAAAACAUCACCGGCAUCGUGGAGGUGGUCCUCGGGGAGAGCAAGGCCUAUGUCUUCUUUGAGAAGGACUUUGGGGACAUGCACUCCUACGUGCGGAGCCGGAAAAGGCUUCGGGAAGAGGAGGCUGCUCGACUCUUCAAGCAGAUUGUUUCCGCCGUUGCCCACUGCCACCAGUCGGCCAUCGUUCUGGGGGACCUGAAGCUUAGGAAAUUUGUCUUCUCAACAGAGGAGAGAACCCAGCUUAGACUGGAAAGUCUGGAAGAUACACACAUAAUCAAGGGGGAAGACGAUGCGCUCUCAGACAAACAUGGCUGCCCAGCCUAUGUGAGCCCCGAGAUCCUCAACACUACUGGGACCUACUCUGGAAAGGCGGCCGAUGUUUGGAGCCUUGGGGUGAUGCUCUAUACACUUUUGGUUGGACGAUACCCCUUUCAUGACUCAGACCCGAGUGCCCUUUUCUCCAAAAUCCGCCGUGGACAGUUCUGCAUUCCCGAGCAUGUUUCCCCGAAAGCCAGGUGCCUCAUCCGCAGCCUCCUGAGACGAGAACCUUCUGAGAGACUCACAGCUCCCGAGAUCUUACUCCAUCCCUGGUUCGAGUAUGUCUUGGAACCAGGGUAUAUUGACUCAGAAAUAGGAACUUCAGACCAGAUCGUUCCCGAGUACCAGGAGGACAGUGACAUUAGUUCCUUCUUCUGCUAACCCCUUCCCCCCCAAAAAACCUCAGAAACCUCAUAAUUCUCACACAUGGCAUUUCCAUUUCUAAUGACGGGCAGGCCUUCUUACAUGGUGCCAGCCAGAUUUGGGGACGGAGCACAAUUGUCCCCUUGGGGCUCAGUGUGGUGCUGCCUCUCUGGGCCGAGUGACUUCAUUUGAGCAGAACUCACUCAGAUUAGCUGCUCUGCAGAGGUGUCCUCUUCUCAAUGACCCGUCACGCCUGUCCCAGCCUCGGAUACGAGGGAGUCCGAUGUUUGGAAGCUAAUGAAAGCCAUCCCACAUGAUCAGGGGUGAUGAACUUGAACAUUUGAAUGGGAAAGGAAGCACAUCACACAGUGGCAUUUUAACAAGGUGGCUGAUCGGUCGGGGCGACAAACCUGCCACCUUUGAAGGUUCUACUUGCUGCUGCAGUUUCUCUGACCAGAAGUUUUUCUGUUUUCUUUUUACCCUCGCCCUUGCUGUACACUCUCCUCUGACUUCUCCAAUGUUGGAACAGACUGAGAAGCUCCGGAGCCUGCCUGAAUCCAGACUCUCCCCCCUCCCCGCCCCCCCAGCGUUUGCCAAGACCGCCUAUGCAAUAAUAUUGCGCCCCUCCCCCCACCCACCUUGGAACCUGUCCUGGGCAGCCAUGAAAGCACUCACCAGCUAAGUAUGGGAAAAUAUUGGGAGAUUCAAACCCCUGGCUGUUUCAGAACCCUCGGAGCUCAGUUAGACAGCAAUGUUUUUUUAAAAAAUUAAUUUGAUCCCUUGGUAUCUGUUAGCUCUUGAGAUACUCGUUAAACACAGCAUUCAGCUUUAUGCCUCACCCCAAGACCGUCUCGGGGUGGAACGUUUUGUGUCUGAGGACAGGGGUGAGGAGAUUCCCAUCCUGUUGUCUGGAGCAUGUGUGAACCAUCUUUGGGCUUCAAAGAAAGAGAAUUUGAGACAGUCUUUGGAAGCUUGUCAGACUAAUAUUCAGAAUGAAACUGGACACUGCUGUCCCAUGAGUAUGCUGGGUCUCUGGCAUCCAGGGUCUUCAGUUUGCCAUGGGCUCUUUGGACCUCGUGUGUUGUGUGGCUUGUGACUCCAUCCUGAUGCUGUCUAUGGCGUGACAGAGUGAACCUCGAAGACGUAGCAGGCAAGGACUUCAACGUUCUUCCGAUGCAAAUUCUGGCUUCUAACUGCCUACCGGAAAUCCCCUGCUUCGGCUUCCACAGGUGGGAACCGAACCUCGGCCUGAAUGCUUCUGGAGAUGGACACUUAACUCCCUGCAAGAAACCAAACUUCUCCGGGGAAGCUGCUGGAAGUCGCAUUAAAAAA